AUGCAGCAUGGUUUCAUACGAGGAAAAUCAACAACCACACAGCUACUUGGAGUAUAUCAUGAAAUUCUGGAAUCAGUCGCAAGUGGGAAUGAAGUUGAUGCCAUAUACCUGGACUUUUCAAAGGCAUUUGACAAAGUACCACAUCAUCUUCUUUUGCGAAAGCUCGAGACUUUGGGAAUCAGGGGAUCUCUAUUAUCUUGGUUCCAAAGCUACAUCACAGAUAGACAACAAAGAGUCGUUCUUCACGGCGUUUGCUCUGAUUGGCUUCCCGUAACAUCAAGUGUGCCACAAG